AAAGCAUCCAUACGUUCGAGCUUCGUUCCUUUGCACACAUCCUCGUAACGUCACAAUGCGUUGGUUACAGAUUCUGACGGCUUCCCUCUUACCCUUCACAGCUCUUGCAGCUAAGAAGCCCUCCGGUGACCGAUUCAAUGACUUCCGCGCCAAGUCGUUAUCCACCGGCACGGUCAAGCUCGAUGAUGUAUCAUACUCGAAGUUCACAAAGGCACCGAGGGACUAUGCCGUAGCUGUUCUUCUUACUGCUAUGGACACAAGAUUUGGUUGUGUUCUGUGCAGAGAGUUCCAGCCAGAGUGGGAUCUGCUAGGCAAAAGCUGGGUGAAGGGCGAUAAGAAUGCAGACACACGAUUGCUCUUUGGAACAUUGGAUUUCAUUGACGGAAAGAGCACCUUCCAAUCGUUGAUGCUCCAAACCGCGCCCAUCAUUCUGUACUUCCACCCCACCAUUGGACCCAAUGCUAGGGUUGAUACCCAGCCAAUUCGAUUUGAUUUUACCAACGGGCCUCAAUCUGCUGAGCAGAUCCACGCCUGGAUCUCCCGCCAGCUCCCUGCUGACGUUCCCAAGCCCGCAGUCUCCCGCCCCAUCAACUAUGUCAAGAUCGUCUCAGUCACCACCGGCGUGCUCGGUGUGAUCACAUUCCUUGCCGUUGCGUCGCCGUACCUUGUUCCCGUUCUACAAAACCGAAACAUCUGGGCUGCGAUCAGCUUGAUUGCUGUCCUUCUAUUCACUAGCGGUCAUAUGUUCAACCACAUCCGCAAGACUCCAUAUGUUGCCGGCGAUGGGAAAGGCGGCAUCAGCUACUUUGCUGGUGGAUUCAGCAACCAAUUCGGCCUUGAAUCGCAAAUUGUUGCUGCAAUCUACGGUGUCCUAUCAUUCGCCACCAUUUCUCUCGCCUUCAAGGUACCCCGAAUUGCCGAUGCAAGGGCUCAGCAGUUCGCUGUCUUCCUGUGGAGCGGCGUCUUGCUGUGCAUGUACAGCUUCCUCCUCAGUGUCUUCCGACAAAAGAACGGAGGCUACACUUUCUGGCUGCCUCCCUUCUAAGUCAGUCGACAUCGACGCGUCUCAAAGGCGAACGAUGUUGUUUGGAAGACGGUUAGGCGCUGGACCGGCCUACAGGGCUCGCGCUGGCCUGCCAGCGAGCAUUUUCGAAGAAUAUUUCCAGUCCGGCAUCGAUGGGAUGAAAAGCGAAUGAUCUCAGUUCAAUGUAUCCAUAUAGUUUAGUAUAUCUUCCCGUAUGCACACAUUUACGGCGGCGUCAAGGGAGACUCAAUGAAAGAAAAAUUUACUUCAAAACGUAA